AUGUCCACCACCCAAACACAAACACAAGCACCCCCCUCCUUCACAAAAGGAAACACAGCACUAAUCACAGGCGGCGCCUCAGGCAUCGGUCUCAGUCUCGCGGAAAAAUGUCUCAAAUACGGUAUGAAUGUUAUAGUGGUAGAUAAUAAUGGGGAUGAUUUGGGGAAGGCGCAGAUGUAUUUGUCGGGGUUGAUCACGGGGGAUCAGCAGGUUGUGGGGUUGAAGGUGGAUGUGGGGAAUUUGGAGGAGUGGGAUGCGGUUAGGGAGACGGUGGAGGGGGAGUUUGAUGGUGCGUUCUGA